GUAGAGGGACAACUGUCUCCAACUUUACACUCUUCGUUCCUCUCUGUCUCUUUGUACUCAUUUUUACAUUCUUUACUCUCCAUCUUUCCCUUUCUCCUUCUCAAAGGACUUAUUUGCGAUUCUUGGAGCAGAUCUGAUAGCAUCUCUAAGAGAGAGGGUGAUUAUUUAUGAUAAAUAGUGCUUCAGAUAUCUGAUGGAGGUUGCAAAAAGAUUGAUCUGUGUUAAUGAGAAUCCCCAACAAGUUUCAGAGACGGUCAAGACUGCUGAGAAUUUAGAAGACAGUGACAUGAAAGAGAACAUGAUUAACAACAAUAAAACGAGGAAACUUGAGCUCGAUGGAGGAGAAAGCAGCAACACAAAUGAUCCAGAGAAAUUGUUAUUGUGUCCUGAACCUACAGAGGACCUGGUUGAAGGGAUCCUCAAUCGCAUGAGCUGGCCUGAAGCUCUAAGCCUCGGCGAAGUGAGCAAGAUGUGGAGAUGUGUAGGACAGCGCUACAACCCGAAAACACCACGGAGCCCCUGUCUCCUGCACAUUGGCGCGGUGGAACCUGGCGUCCAUCGCAUAAUAAGUGUAACAGAGAAGAAGUGUUCCUUGAUCAGGCGACCUGAGCUCAUUGGUGAGUGCUGCGGUGCCUAUAAGUGCUGGUUGGUGAUGAGGUACCCCUCUACGGAUGAAAUGUGCAUGGUGAAUGUGGUCACAGGAGCUCGCGUUGCACUGCCACGAUGGCGCGAAGACGGUUCUGUGUCUGUCUUUCUCUCAUCUUCCCCUACAGCACCUGAUUGCAUGGGUUUAGCAAGAAGCAUCAUCGAUGACAGGAUGAGCCUGCUAUCUUGUAGACCAGGGGAUGAAGAAUGGACCAAAGAAGAUGGAAGGGUCAUCUCCCAUCCCUUCGAAAUCGUCUCCUCUUCAGAAGGGAAGUUCUAUAUCGAAGAUGGCACACGUCUGCUUGCUGUGCACUCAGUUAAUCCCAUCAAAUUCAGAAUUGUAAUGGAGGACACAGAACCCUACAUGCGUGGGGGAGGAUUGGUGACUACUUACUUGGUUGAGUGCGGCACUGACAUGCUGGUAGUUUUCGCAAGGUACAGAGUUCAGAGACGUAUGCUUGCAACCUGUCAUGACUUCAAGGUUUUCCGGCUGGAUGUUUCGAAGAAGUCAUUGGUGAAAGUGAACAAUCUGGGGAACCAUGCACUGUUCCUGGGGGAUUUGCCGUCAGUGGCUGCUACAGUGGAGACUGCUGGUUGCCGAAGCAAUUGCAUAUAUUUCAUAGAACCUGACGACAGCAUUGCUUGGCGCGUAUUUGACCUGGAAGACAGAAGCAUCAGCACUGGUCCCAACCUGGGAGCAAAGCCGGGUCUUAGGUCUCUCAUUUGGAUUACUCCAGGUAUGAUAUGAAGGCUUGGCACUUGCUCUCAAAAAAGUGAUAAAGGUUUAGUAGUGCGAGCAUUCGUAUCAGGUUGGCCAAUAUCUAUGGCCGUGGUACGUCUAUGAGUUUAAUAAUUAUGCACUGGUUGCGGUUUUCUGGAUAGAGGAUAUUACUAGAAUAAGCUUUGUUGCAAUAAUAAGGUUUGUGUGAUAUAUCAAUAUAAUAUGCUAAUACCAGAAGACCAAGGUGAAUUUGGGACAUGCUGUGUAAUAAUAAACAUAAUUUACAUAUGC